AUGGCCUACCGACUCCUUAAUGAUGGUGAUAUUGAGGGCUUCCAUGCCUAUAGGGCCAUUCUGCCGAAGCCCAUCAAGCGGUCUGCAUCCGAAAUCGAAGAUGACGCUUUUGAGCAAAUCUAUUCGCUCCGCAAAUCCUCUCGCCUAGCAGAGUUCCAGGAGAGAAAUUGGACUCCUAGUCCUAUAUCUGAAUUUGUUGGCAUAACCCUCGAUGAUCUCCCCAUCGCUCCGCUUGGAACCUCAAACCCGAUUAUGAUGUACUACCUGGACUUUCCCGUGAAGAGAAAGCUGGAUUGGAGUACAGACGAAAAUGGGAACCCAAAGCGCAGAAACCUUAAAGACGCAGGGUCGUUGAUCGCCGGGUUUGUUCAGACCCGCGGCGAAUUGGCAGAAACCCCUUGUAACUGGUGCAGCCAAGGCAAGGGAGUCUGGGAGAGAUGCGUUAUUGGGUCCGAUGUACAGGACGGCAAGCCGAUGAGUGAGGCAUGCGCCAACUGUCGUUUCAGCCGCCGCCCUGACUGUACUUUCCGGACCAGUUAUGACCGUGAGGAAAGUCUGGAAACUGAUUCAGUGGCCGACUACGGUGCUCAAGCAUACCAGUCGCCUUUUCUGACUCCCCCUUCGAGAAACCAGCGUCGCGCGCCAUUCUUGGAUUUACGGCUUCAGUCACGGCGAGUUGUUGAAUUACCAGACGACAACACCCUAAACACAGCUCUAGAAACUGAGACAAAAACCUCACUCAGAGCCCCGUCCCGCCACGAUGGCAAGGUCAUUCCAUUUCCCCUCGAUCCGAAAUCAAUCAACGAUCUACCGCUGCUGAAGCAGGCCUCGCGUGAUCUGGCUGCACACUUGGCGGUGGUUGACAAGAGAAUAAGGCAGCUUGAGGAGGAGGAAAAGAAAAGAAAGAAAGCCGGGAAUCCUUGGGACCUGUUGUAG